CUUUAUCGCCAAUUCAAACUAAAGGUAAGGUCUCAUUCAAACCUCAUAACGAUCCGAGGACCUUUGAAACCCCGGCUUGAGCUCUGCCAUCCCUCCCCCCCAAUUGAGUUUACUAUACAUUCACCAUGGCGUCGAAACUCGCCCCGGUCCUCCUCAGAAGGUUGACUCGUCCGGCAUGCCGAGCUCCUCGAUCACAGUUCCGAACGUUCACAGCCGGUAGCUCCAGAAGAAGUGACACUCUCUCAGUGCACCGAAACACACCCGACAACAACCCCGAGAUACCCUUCAAGUUCACACCUCAGAAUGAAGAGGUCAUCGCCCAGAUCCUAAAACGCUACCCGCCGCAGUACAAGAAGGCCGCCGUCAUGCCGCUGCUAGACUUGGGCCAGCGCCAGCACGGCUUCACAUCCAUAUCCGUCAUGAACGAGGUCGCGCGGAUUCUCGAGAUGCCCCCCACGCGUGUAUACGAAGUCGCCUCUUUCUAUACUAUGUACAACCGGACGCCGGUCGGCAAGUUCCACGUCCAGGCGUGCACUACCACGCCCUGCCAACUCGGUGGCUGCGGCAGCGAUGCGAUCGUCAAGGCGAUUAAGGAACACCUAGGCAUCAGCCAGGGCGAGACAACGCCCGACGGUCUCUUCACAUUCAUCGAGGUAGAAUGCCUCGGUGCUUGCGUGAACGCCCCUAUGAUCCAGAUCAACGACGACUACUACGAGGACCUGACGCCCGAGACUACCAAGAAGCUCCUAACGGCCCUGAAGGAGAGUGUCACAAAACCAGGGGUCAAGGUACCCAAACCCGGCCCGCAGACUGGCCGUGACACCUGCGAGAACAGCGCCGGCCAGACGAACUUGACGAGCGAGCCGUGGGGUAUCGAGACUACGAGGAGCGAUCUGUAAAGAGAAUAAAAAAAAAACACAGCAGCAGUGGACUCCUUUUUGGGGAUUGCGGGCGUAGAACGUAGACAUACUCUGUACAUAAGCUGAUCUAUCCGUAUCGGUUCAUAAAAAGAAG